AUGCACACAAAGGCGAACCAAUCGAGUAGUACAUCGCCACCUUCCGCCACCACCCAACCCAACCCAACCAUCACGAGCGAGGAGGGGAAAAUAAAAAAAAGAACGCCAUCCGAGAAGGACCUGAGCCAAACCCACCCCCGCGGCCAGAGCCAGAUCUCCUUCUCCUUCCUCCUCCGACUCCCUCUUCUAUUUCUAUUAAGAAGGAAGCAAGCAGGGUGCCACUCAGAUCUCUCCGCCCCUUCCUCGCCUCGUGCCCCCCACCGCGCCUCUCGUCAACGCCGCCCCGCCCGAGGAGAGGAGGAAGGACGAGCGAUGGCAUCGCCGGCCGCGCGCGCGGCCUCGGCGCUCCUCCUCCUGCUCGCCCUCGCCGUCGCCAGCGUCCUCUCCGACGGCUCCGACCACCGCUACAAGCUCGGCGACCCCGUCCCGCUCUACGCCAACAAGGUCGGCCCCUUCCACAACCCCAGCGAGACGUACCGCUACUUCGACCUCCCUUUCUGCUCCCCGGAGAAAGUGAAGGAGAAGAGCGAGGCCCUCGGCGAGGUCCUCAAUGGGGAUCGGUUGGUGGAUGCGCCCUACAAGCUUGAUUUCCGCACGGAUCAUGAUUCCAAGGCGGUUUGCCCCAAGAAGCUUACCAAGGAGGACGUGGCCAAGUUCCGGAACGCCGUAGCCAAGGACUACUACUUCCAGAUGUACUACGAUGAUCUCCCACUGUGGGGUUUCAUCGGUAAGGUCGAGAAGGGAGGCAAGCCUGACCCGAGCGAGUGGAAGUACUACCUCUACAGGCACAUUAUCUUUGACAUCCUCUACAACAACGACCGUGUCAUUGAGAUCAAUGUGCAUACCGACCAGAGUGCACUGGUUGACCUGACGGAGGACAAGGAGGUUAAUGUGGACUUCCUUUACACUGUCAAGUGGAAGGAGACACCUACACCGUUCGAGAAGAGGAUGGAGAAGUAUUCCAGCUCCUCCAACAUGCCGCAUCACUUGGAGGUCCAUUGGUUCUCCAUUAUAAAUUCUUGUGUUACGGUCCUUCUCCUCACAGGGUUCUUGGCAACAAUCCUCAUGCGAGUUCUGAAGAAUGAUUUUGUGAAGUAUGCCCAUGAUGAGGAAGCAGCUGAUGACCAAGAAGAGUCUGGAUGGAAGUAUAUUCAUGGUGAUGUCUUCCGGUUCCCCAAGAACAAGUCAUUGUUUUCGGCUGCUCUUGGCACUGGAACUCAACUCUUUGCUCUAACAACCUUUAUAUUCCUGCUUGCACUCGUUGGAGUAUUUUACCCUUACAAUCGUGGUGCCCUUUUCACUGCAUUGGUCGUCAUCUAUGCACUCACCUCAGGAAUUGCUGGUUACAUUGCAACCUCUUUCUAUUGCCAGCUAGAGGGAACGAACUGGGUGAGGAACUUGCUAUUAACCGGAUGCCUGUUUUGCGGACCUCUCUUCCUGACUUUCUGUUUCUUGAACACUGUUGCCAUUGCUUAUAGUGCAACAGCAGCAUUGCCGUUCGGCACCAUCUGUGUCAUUGUGCUGAUCUGGACCUUAGUCACAUUCCCUCUACUAGUUUUGGGAGGCAUUGCUGGUAAAAACAGCAAGAGUGAAUUCCAAGCUCCUUGCCGUACCACCAAAUACCCUAGGGAGAUUCCUCCGCUUCCCUGGUACCGGACAACAGUUCCGCAGAUGGCUAUGGCUGGAUUUUUGCCUUUCAGCGCUAUAUAUAUCGAGCUCUACUACAUCUUUGCUAGUGUUUGGGGCCACCGAAUUUACACGAUCUACAGCAUUCUCUUCAUAGUCUUCAUCAUCCUCCUUAUCGUCACUGCCUUCAUCACUGUUGCGCUGACAUACUUCCAGCUUGCUGCUGAAGACCAUGAGUGGUGGUGGAGGUCAUUCCUAUGCGGAGGAUCAACUGGAUUUUUCGUCUAUGGCUACUGUCUGUACUACUACUAUGCUCGAUCGGAUAUGUCUGGCUUCAUGCAGACCUCUUUCUUCUUUGGGUACAUGGCGUGCAUCUGCUAUGCAUUCUUCCUGAUGCUGGGUAUGGUGGGCUUCCGUGCCGCCCUGUUCUUUGUUCGGCACAUAUACAAGUCGAUCAAGUGUGAGUAA